AUGCGUGAGUUCAAGAUGAGUGAUCUCAGUUUGCUUAGCUUCUAUCUGGGCAUCGGGGUCAGGCAAAGCCCGAAAGGGAUCACGCUGAGUCAAGCUACGCAUGCGGAGAAGAUUCUCAGCAAGGUCGGGAUGGAGGGGUGCAACCCGACUUGCAUUCCCAUGGAGUCACACUGCAUGUUGAGCCAGGUGAGCUCGGCACCUUUGACCGAUGCCACCACCUCCCGCAGCAUCAUCAGCAGUCUCUGCUACCUCGUUCACACCUGUCUCGACAUCUCCUUCUCGGCGGGGUACUUGAGCCGGUUCAUGGAGAGCCUGACCACUGAACAUCUCACCGCGGUGAAGAAGAUAUUGCGUUACAUCGUAGGAACGCUGCACUUUGGGUGCUGCUACUCAAGGAAGACGAAGGAAGCUCGACUGAUCGGUUACUUCGACAGUGACCUCGUCGGCGACGUGGACACACGCAAGAGCAAGAGCAGGGUUUUCUUCUUCCUUGGGAGCAGUCCCAUAAGCUGGCAGUCGUUGAAUCAGAAGGUGGUUGCUCUCUCUUCUUGCGAAGCUGAGUACAUCGCAGGAGCUAUGGCGGCUUGCCAGGGCAUUUGGCUUGGGCGACUUCUUGGUGAACUGAAGAACGCAGAGUCCGAGCCGUUCGUCCUCAAGAUCGACAAUUAG